AUGCCCAUCAAUGCGGACGCCACCAAGCUCAUUGGAAAGACACCCAUGGUCUUCCUAAACAGCGUGACGCGUGGAGCUGCGGCGCGCGUCGCUGCCAAGCUGGAGAUCAUGGAACCCUGCUCCUCUGUAAAGGACCGCAUCGCGCUGUCCAUGAUCGACACGGCAGAGAAGCAGGGGCUCAUCAGCCCCGAAAGGACCGUGCUGAUCGAGCCGACGAGCGGCAACACGGGCGUCGGCCUGGCUUUUGUGGCGGCCUGCAAGGGCUACAAGCUGGUGCUGACCAUGCCCGACACCAUGUCCAUCGAGCGGCGCGUGCUUCUCAAGGCCCUAGGGGCGGAGCUAGUGCUGACAGAGGGCAAGAAGGGCAUGACUGGCGCGAUUCGCAAGGCGGAGAAAAUGGUGGCAGACACCCCGGACGCGUACAUGCUGCAGCAGUUUGACAACCCCGCAAACCCGGCCGCGCACUACGCCACCACCGGGCCGGAAAUCUGGCGCGACACGGCCGGCAAGGUGGACAUUCUGGUGGCGGGCGUCGGCACCGGCGGCACCAUCACGGGCGCUGGGCGCUAUCUCCUCGAGCGCAAGCCGGAGGUGCAGCUAGUGGCGGUGGAACCGGCAGAGUCAGCGGUGCUGAGCGGCGGCAAACCGGGGUACCAUCAAAUCCAGGGCAUUGGCGCUGGGUUUGUGCCCAAGGUGACGGCAGCAGAUGAGAGCCCGGUCCUGGACGUCAACAUUCUGGACGAGAUCAUCAAGGUCAGCAGCAAGGAGGCGGUGGAGAUGGCGCGGCGCCUUGCCCUGGAGGAGGGCCUCCUCUGCGGCAUCAGCAGCGGCGCCGCCGUCGCGGCGGCCGUGCAGGUCGCGCGGCGGCCGGAGAACCGGGGGAAGCUGGUCGUGACGGUGCUGCCCAGCUUUGGGGAGCGGUACCUGUCGACGGUGCUGUUUAACACGCUCUGGUCCUUCGACUCAGACAUGCGGGACGUCGUGCUCAGCAGGCAGGUGGGCAGCGGCGGCAACGCCCCCGCUGCCGCCGCCGCCGCGUCGCGGCCGGCCGCGGCAGGGCAGGCGCCGGCGCCGGCGCCGCCGGAGCCGCGCACCUCGUGA